AUGCUACUCGCCGAACUGAAAAAAAUUGAAGCAAGGAAGCGUGAAAGGGAAAGGAAAACUCAAGAUUUACAAAAGCUGAUAUCAAGAGCAGAUAGUGGUAAUGGCCUGCCAUCAACCCUGGCAGCUAUAAGCAAUGAAGGAAUGAAUACACCAUCAGCAGUAUCAUCCAGUAUUGCUAGAAGACAUGACAGGAAGUUGCAUAAGAAGAAACUAGCAUCGCAACAGAGACCCAUUCGGACUAUUGAAACUGUGACUGUGGAAUGGUCAGGCAUAAAGUUUCCGGAAGCUCGGGGCACCGGCGUGUGGCUGCGUUCCCAAAGAAUGAAAUUGCCACCUGGAGUGGGACAGAGAAAGACAAAAGCAAUUGAACAAGAAUUACGACUAAUGAAUAUUGAUAUUGCACCUACACCUACUGAAGCUAUCUGCAAACAUUUCAACGAACUUCGCUCGGACCUUGCAUUAGCUUUAGACUUAAAGAACGCUCUAGCUUCAUGCGAGUUUGAACUUCAAGCUUUGCGUCACCAGUAUGAGGCUCUAAACCCUGGAAAGACGUUAACAAUCCCGCCGUCAAUUUGCAACACAACUGGUGAUGGGGACACUAAGCCCCUUGGGGAAAUAAUUGAUGUUGUUGGUUCUCCAGGUUCACUCAACAACACCAUC